AUGGCUGACAGGCGACCAUCGUUAAAAUUUCAGAUCAGCGGGAACAUUUCACCAAGUUUACUUCCAGAUCUCAAAGAUGCCGUGGAACGAUUUCAUUCAUAUAAGACAACACUUUUGGAAUGCUACCAUGGUGUCACCGAGAUGUUAAACAGAUUUUAUGAAGUACUCGAUGAAACUGACCCAGUGACGAUCAAGAUCAAAAACGAAAUCGAAACUGAGCUGAUGCCAGUCACCUUCCUCAAACGGGACCCUAUCAUCCUAAUCAGCGGACAGGUCAACAGUGGAAAGUCAUCCCUCAUCAACGAAAUUCUCGAAACCUCUUUGGUUCCCGUGGAAAGUACACCUUGUACCUCAAGGAUUGUCAAGAUCAAGUACAGCGAGGAGGGUUUCUACCAGAUUUUCGACAAGGACGGCAAGGCGAAGAGCGAAAAAAGGCCAUUUGGGCGGAAGAAGGAAAGGAAAUCUUUGAGGAACGAAAUCAAGCUACGUUCGGAUGAUUGUGUCGACCCUGAGUUUGGUUCAAAAGAAACCGUCGUAAUCGGUGUGAAAUCAGAUAUCCUAAAGCCCGGGAUCCAGAUAGUGGAUACGCCAGGAAUGAGUGAGAACGAGACACUAGACAAGAUCGUCCAGGAGUGCCUAGAUGGCAUCCUACAAAUUCUCAUCUAUGUGAUCGAUGCCAACCCAGAAUUGACAGAAAUGGAUGACAAGUUCUUGAAUUACAUCAAAGAAAAGGCUCCUCACAUGAAGGUACUUUUCGUUUGCAACAAAUGCGAGGAGAACGAAGACGUCGAAUUGAAGGACCUGCCAACACCAUCGGGGUCUGACAACGACGAGGAUGAAGAGAGACCAAGGGGUGGGCCAAGUGAUUAUCUGGAUCCCAGUGGUUACGACAUCGCUGAAGUGCAGGAUAGGCCUCCAAAAGGAGAAGGAGUCUUCCUAAAACUCAAAGACCGGGGACACCUACGGAGGGACGAAAACCUGACAACAUGUGACCGCUUUUUCCGGAUUUCUUGCACGGCUAUCCGAAGUGUACGGCAUGGUAAAGGUGGUAUUAUUGAAGAGGAGUUUGUACACGACUUCCAGAGAUUUAUCACUCAUACCAUUGGCCAUUUUCAAGACUGUGUCAAGGAACAUUUGUAUAACACUGCUAAUACUUUGUACGCGUUGGCAACCCGCGCCUUCGAUUUCUUCGUGUCAGAUAGGAUGCAGAUAGCACCAGCCCUGUGCAGCUUGGAACAAAAGAUAAAAGCAACAAAGCUUAAAGAGAAAGUUACUGUUGAUAAAAUAAUGGGUUACAUUGCGAAUCAAAAAGACAAUUUGCACGAAUCCAUUCGAAGAGUUAUUGAUGGGAAAAAAGAGCAAAUCAUUGAGGAAAGCGAAAAACUAGAUCUCAAAAUAUGUACUUCUCAGAAAUGGACAAUUGACACCAUAAGGACGUGCAGGAAGCAACUCACUAGAUUUCUAUUCGAGAAGCUCAGUGAGGUAGUGAAAUCGACUGGAGCCGUCAAUGAAAUACUUGAUACUCUCAAGGAAAAAGUGACUGCUAAAAUCCGUGAACUGUACGAUGACUGUAGAAAACUAGGUGGUCUUGGAGAUAUUCAGACACAACUCGAGUCAUGCUACAACGUCGUCAUUCUAUUCCCGGCAACCAAGUCGAACCGUCUUCUGAAGUUGACUAUCCUUACUCGCAUCGGGUUAACGGUCAACCAGUUUUUCCUAAGCCUAUCAGCUCCAAAAGAUGAACGUAUAUGCGACUGGAAAAGGAACACGACUCGGAAGCUUUUGGAUGGUGUUGUCACUGAGGAACUAGGGGAAGAAAUAUGUCGACAACUUGCAGGUCAAUUUGAAGCAGCGCAUGGUAGAUUUCUGCAGAUCAUAGAACUGAUUGAACUGUUCCGUCAGAGACAAAAUCGUGACUAUAAGAACCGCAUUGCAAACGUUCCCUUGCCACAUUUAUCUCGUACAACCUGCACACUUCAAGCAAUCAGUUCAGAAAUUGUAUACGGGGACAAUCAGGUUGUAAUCUCAGACUUGAUCAACAAAGUGUCCAGCCGUAGUGACGUAUUUCGAUGCUGGUACCGAGGUGAGAUGGCUGCUGCGAGACGAGUUAGAGGAUCAGAUGUUAUUCAACAUAACAAUUUUGCCGCGCAAAUUAAUUAUACCAGGUUACUCCAAUCGUUGAAUCACCAGAGUAUCCAGCAGAUCCUAGAUAUCUACCGAGACAAGAUGGGUAUAUUGUUCGCCAUAGUACCAUAUAUCGAAAACAACCUCUUCCACAUGUUAUGCCAGACAGUCAACCUACCACUCCGAGACCGUCUGCACAUCGCCUACCAGAUUGUUCAAACGUGCGGGUUUGUCGCUUCGAAUGGUUUCGUGGUGCAAGAUCUACGGCCCAACAACGUGAUGAUGAAUAACAACAUUCCAGUGUUGAACACUCUAAAACCUCUGUCGAUGGCAUUGGACACGCCCUAUCCACCACCAGACGGCAUGCCCCCAUUCCAUUUCUCGCCGGCUCUGCUUGGAGGACGUAAGGGCUGCUGUAAGAAUGUCACAUACGGCUGUGUUCUGCUUAUCUGGUGGCUUGCAAUGGGAAAGUUCGUUCGACCCAGGUUUGCCAUCACCACCGACUUCCAGGCUAUCAAGGCUGUCAUCACGAAAAACUUUCAGCUGGUGCGCAUGGAUAUAAACUACGAGUUCGCUAGAUCGACUGCUCGCCGGAAUGCGACAGGGGUCGAUGCUGAGAUACUGGACGACGUGCAGAAAUUGUUAGAUAUCAACAUCGACAGGCACUCGAAAAAUCUGAUGGAUAUUCAUGUACUCCAAAGCGAAAUGGAGCGAAUUCUGAUGGUCAAAUAAAAAGCCGUAACGGUCAGCCAGGUCAUCUUCUCCAUUGGACACGUCAUACGGUUGGCCGCCCGAUCGGCUGGGCAAAGGGGAUGAGUGCGGUGUCCCCCUUUGGUGAUUCUACGUGGAGGAUGAACCACCUCGUUUUCUGGUCAGAGAAUCAACAGCCUCGGGACUCGUGUCAGUGAAGGAAAGGAGGAGCAUGCCGGGCGUCUGUGUCACAGCGUUGUCAAUGACGCCUGGGAAAGGUAUCGGUUUAAACAGAUACAUGUAUUUUCUUUAUUUCAACCAAAACUAAUGGAUACAUAGAUACGUUUUAUUUACAGAGACACUUUUAUAAACACCGAUGAACACUGUCUUUUCAUUAUUGUACUAGUCCCGAAUAUGCCGACGGUACGGUUUGCGCAAACCGUACCAUCGUCAUAUCCGGGACGUUCCGAAGUGUCGUAUACCGCGGUCUGCUACGGGAGUGAUGUGGCUAAAUGGGGUAUACUUUAUACAGUCAAGCAUGCAUUGUCGGUUUUCCGGACUUUCACGAGUGCUGCCGAGUACAGGCGAAGAUGACCCCGAAUGCUCCACGUUAUAGGAGUAUACACAGCUGC